GUUAGACCUUUGGCUGCCCUUACGUUGUCUCGGCUUCAAACUACACAUCCGCCAAUCCAGCCGACCAACCGCCGCCAUGUCAAGCCAGGAGAGCGAGAUCGAAGUUGACCUUAGUUCCGACCCCGAAUACGCCUCGAGCUACCAUACUGAUACCACGAGCUUGUCGUCGUCCAUCAACGAAUACGUCUUCGAGAAUGGCCGCCGUUAUCACUCGUAUUUCGGAGUCGAAAAGAACUUGAUGCCGACGGAUGAGAAGGAACAAGAUCGGCUCGAUCUACACCACGAGAUCCUGAUCCGUCUGUUCGAUGGGAGACUCCACAAAGCUCCCCUCGAUCACCCGCAACGGAUCUUAGAUGUCGGGACCGGUACGGGUAUCUGGGCUAUCGAUAUGGCGGAUCAGUAUCCGAUGGCAGAGGUGGUGGGCAUGGAUCUUAGUCCCAUCCAGCCGAAAUGGGUCCCACCGAACUGCAAGUUUGAAGUCGACGAUGCCGAGAAGGACUGGGCGUACAAGAAGGAUUCCUUCGAUUUCAUCCACAUCCGGAAUCUUGCCCAAGGGAUCAGCAACUGGCCCAAAGUCCUCGACGAUGCCUACCACUGCCUGCAGCCUGGCGGCUACAUCGAGCUCUCCGACACCGGCGUAACCUUCCACUGCGACGACGGCACCAUGCUACCAGACAACACGGCCAAGUGCUGGGGCGAAGCGAUGACUGAAGCGAUGGCCAAGGCCGGCCGGCCACCACCCAGCGACGCUAGGCACCUCCGCGACCGCCUUACCGCGGCCGGUCUGGUCGACGUGCACUCAUACGCCAUCAAGCAACCGUUCGGCCCGUGGGCAAAAGACAAGCGUCUCAAGGAAGCCGGAAUCAUGAUCUGGAUCAUGGCCGAGGAGGGAUUCACCUCCUACGGCCUCGCCGCUUUCACCAGAAUGCUAGGAAUGGACUCCGAGGAGGCGGCGAAGCUCUGCAGAGAUGGGUACCAGGCUACUCGUGAGCGCAAAUCGCAUUUGUACACUGUGCAUUACGUGGCGUACGGAAGGAAGCCGGAGGAGUAAAUUGCUUGCUGCGAGGGCCGCCUUUCUUUAUUCGUUUGCUUUCUUGCGAUUCUUUGUGGCUAUAACAGAAAGCCACCUUCGGUGCUUAGGAUACCAAGUUUCAGAGAAAUUCCUUGUGACCACGCUCCGAAGGCCGAAUCCACAACCCAAACAUGACCGAUCAGACCUAAUAACUACCUGCAUAAGUGCCAGUGUGAAGAUUGAAGACUCGUGUUCGAUUCAUGGUGCCCAAGUCAAGCUAUGUAUCCGUAAUGUAGGACAGCCC